AUGGCAGAGGCUUCCGUUCUCCUGGGCUCCAUCGCUUUCAUGGUUGCGGUAUCCACUGCUAUAGUAAUACUGACAAGGGGAAAGUCCACCAAGAACAAGGACGAAAUAAGGAUUGGAUUGAUAGGCGCCUUGGCAUUUGGCUACAUUGCAUGGGCCUGUGUAUAUAUGUCACAGAUAAAGCCGUUCGUUGAUCCUGAAUAG